AUGGAGGAAGUACAAAGACACAGUGUCCAUACGCUGAUAUUUCGUUCCUUAAAACGGACACACGAUAUGUUUGUAUCAAACCAAGGAAACCUGCCUGAAAUCGAUGAAAAACUGGAAGAGAAAAGAAAAUCCAUUAAAGCCCGUGAUAGCUAUAAACUAGUCUUUGAUCGUGUCGCCAAAGCUGAACAGGAAAAGAAACUUGCCAAUGGUAUGGGAUCAAGUGCCGGAGCAAUACAAGCGCCAGAAACUCCGUUAGCAAUAACAGAUGGAUCUGCAAACAACACAGACGGCCAGUUGGCUAUAAUGGCUUCCUCUAAUAAACCAUCCGACACACCCAUUAGCAACUCCUUAGUAUCGGCGCCUGGCAUGCGUUCUUCUGCAGGAGCUAACAAUGUCCAACUAAUACCCAAAAAGGCACCCACAAUACCGAAACCUUCAUGGCAUGCACCUUGGAAAUUGUCUCGAGUCAUAUCUGGUCAUUUGGGUUGGGUUCGUUGUAUUGCUGUGGAGCCGGGUAACGAGUGGUUUGCCACCGGUGCCGGUGACCGUGUCAUAAAGAUUUGGGAUCUGGCAAGUGGUAAGCUGAAACUUUCACUUACCGGUCAUGUGAGUACUGUGCGUGGUUUGGCGGUAAGUGCCAAACAUCCGUACCUCUUCAGUUGUGGCGAAGAUCGCCAGGUGAAAUGUUGGGAUUUGGAAUAUAAUAAAGUUAUACGACACUAUCAUGGUCAUUUAUCGGCCGUCUACUCUUUGGCUCUCCAUCCAACUAUUGAUGUAUUGGCAACAUCCGGUCGUGAUUCAACAGCCCGCAUAUGGGAUAUGCGUACAAAGGCCAAUAUUCAUACGCUUACGGGACAUACAAACACUGUGGCCAGUGUGGUAGCUCAGGCCAGUAAUCCACAAAUUAUAACCGGCUCUCACGAUUCCACAAUACGUUUAUGGGAUUUGGCUGCAGGCAAGAGUGUCUGUACGCUAACCAAUCACAAAAAAUCGGUGCGUAGCGUUGUAUUACAUCCCACCCUGUAUAUGUUUGCUUCUGCAUCUCCGGAUAACAUAAAACAAUGGCGAUGUCCAGAGGGCAAUUUUGUACAAAAUAUUUCGGGUCACAAUGCCAUUGUUAAUUGCAUGGCUGUAAAUCCCGAUGGUGUAUUGGUGUCGGGUGGUGACAACGGCACAAUGUUCUUCUGGGAUUGGCGUACCGGUUAUAAUUUCCAACGUUUCCAAGCCCCCGUUCAACCCGGUUCAAUGGACAGUGAAGCGGGUAUUUUUGCAAUGUCGUUCGAUCAGUCGGGUUCUCGUUUGAUCACCGCCGAAGCUGAUAAAACAAUUAAAAUUUACAAAGAAGAUGAUGAGGCGACGGAGGAAUCGCAUCCGGUCAACUGGAGACCGGAAAUUUUGAAAAGACGUAAAUUCUAA